AUGUCGCAGAGAGGACGCUCAAUUUCACCCCGUCCCCUGCACGAUGACGAUGUCGACAUGGAGAAUGGACAUGACGGCGACAAGACGCACGCAAAAGUGGUCAUCGUCACCAGCCUCACUCGCAAUGUAGUUGAGUCGCACUUGCGCACAAUAUUUGGCUUCUACGGCGAUAUCAUCAAAGUAGACCUCCCGCUCUUUGGGAAGUCCGGACAAAACAGAGGGAAGGCCGCCCUCGAAUAUGCGGAUGCCGAGUCCGCACACAAAGCCGCGUCGCACAUGGAUGGAGGCCAGCUUGACGGUGCAAUUCUCAAAGUUGAACUAUCUGAGCUCCCAGUUCGCUCGCGCUCGCGUUCUCCUCGC